UGAAACAAGUUUGUCCCGGUGUUGCUUCUAGUGUGUGAACGGUGGUUUUCAUUUCCCAAGGCCUUUAACUAAGGCGACUGGCGCAGUGGCACUAUUGUCUUCUUAUAGGAGUGUUCAACAGCUAUACACUGAAGACUUUGGACGGUCUUUUUUCCGUCAUCUCCUGGUUCACGCCCCGAACUGACAAAAGACAAAAUGGCAACCACCAAGUUAACACUUCUAAUGACGGGUUUUCUGAUUGCGAUGACGUUCGUCAAAUUAUCACAGUGUCAGCGGAGAAGAGAAUGUGAUUGUGGAGACGAUGGUAAUAUAACGUAUGUCUGCCUUCUACGUUGUGGUCGAGGGAAUUCGGGCGGGAAUGUCGUCGUGUUACCCGUAAAGAGGUUGGCUCGUCCAUUCUCGCUGGAUACAUUACAUGAGAAGAUGUCAUCACAUCAAGCCAGAACAAGACAAGAAGCAACAAGCAACAUUGAAACUGGACAAGAUAGCAUACGGAGAUUUUUUCAACCACUCUGGACCAGGACCAUGAAUAAAAUCAGAGACAUUCUCAGUUUUCGCCAUGCUGUACUUCGGGAUGACAAAGCAUAAACCCUUGGCUACUUGACCAGCGUAUAAAUAUAACUUCACCAUUUCGACUAACAUUUUUGCUGGUGGCACCGCCUCUUGGGGGCGCUUCUACCACUGUGACCGAUUGUUACGACCGAGAUAUUUAGACAUGACCUUUUGCUUCUUGCACCACUAUAUACCAGCACUGGCCGUGGUGUGUUACAUGUCGGAAGGAAGUUGCUCUUAGAGACAUACUUAGAGUCACUGCAGCAGAAAAAAAACACUAUUAGGCUAUACAAAUUUACAAAAUAAUUUUGUGAGCAGCCACAACGACGACUUCAAAAUGGCGUCACGUCUUCAUCGAUUGAAGUUCGCAAGUCACGCUAUUUCUCGUUCACUUGUUUCUCGUUCACUGAUUGUCUGCACCCAUUGUCAUCUAGCCGACUAUAGACGUUAUUACGCCAGACGCUGCUUUUACCAGCGACAAGAAAAAUGACGGGACACUUUAAUGUUAUUAUAAAAAUAGAAAUAAAUGUUAUAGACUAGUGGGAUUUGAAAAAGAGCCCUGUACACUUUUUACUUUGGGGUUAAAGUUGGGAACCAGACUUUUUAACAAAAUUUCAGAUCGGAGCUUUGGAGCUGAUCAAUUCAAUUCACUUUACUUUAUUUCCAAAUCCAAACAAAUAAACAAAACAAUUAGCAGUGAAUAAAGAACUAUGUUUUACAAGCAAAUGGAAUAAUGGUAAUACAUGAAGUAAUACUAUAAUACUACAUUUACAAGCAAAGGCAAAAUAUAAAUUACGGAAAACAAAGCAAAAAAAACAAAACAUACAGAGCACAAAACUAUACAUACGUCAUCAUCGGUGCAUGACGUCAUUCGAUCAUACCAGAUCAUAGUAAACGCGGCUUUUUGCUUUACAAUAAAAGCCUGUUGCGGUAAUUUAAGCCUAUUUUAAGCUCUUACAAUUAUUACAUAAUAAUUAUUUGUUAUAAUAGUUAUUUAUUAUAACGAUAGUUACAUCAUAGACGAACAGAACUUCUUGAGACUUUGCGUACAUACAGCGCUAAUUGAAGUACUAAAGGGAAGGUACACGUUUGGUAACUCAAAACAAAAUAUUAACUUAAAAACUGACUUGGUAUACAAC